AUUCCAUUGCAUUGCAUGCCUUGCAGCGCGGUGCUGGUGGUGAGCACGCCGUCGGGGCUGCAUCACAGCUCGUUCCCAUCCACGUUUUCCUGCUGGCUGCAUUUGCUGCGCUCAGCGCGACGCAGCGUCGACGUCGCUUCGUUCUAUUGGACCAUGAGCAACAACGACACCAACACCACCGAGCAGACGGCUGCACCCGUAAACAGUGGGGUCCUAUGGGGGCAAUGGGAGCAAUGGGGUCAAUGGGGACAAUGGGAUUCAAUGGGGGCUAUGGGGCCAAUGGGAGCAAUGGGGUUGAUGGGGGCUAUGGGAGCAAUGGGGGUUAUGGGGGUCCCAAUGUUGGGCUAUGGGGGACCCAGAGGUGGGCUAUGGGGGACCCUAUGUUGUGUUAUGGGGGGCCCCAUUGCUGAUCUAUGGGGUCUGUGCCCCACAGGUGCCGCUGUGCGGAUGGUGGAUGUGGGGCGGCUGGCAGGGGGGGUCCUGCACACCAAGCUGUGGGUCGUGGAUGGAGCCCACGUCUACCUGGGCAGCGCCAACAUGGACUGGCGCUCCCUUACACAGGUGAAGGAGCUGGGUGUGGCCCUGUACAACUGCAGCAUCGCGGCUCAGGACGUGGCCAAAGUGUUUGAGGCCUAUUGGGCGCUGGGGGCCCCCAACGCCUCCAUCCCCCGCCCGUGGCCGGGAAACUUCAGCACCAGCUUCAACAUGGAGACGCCGCUGCGGCUGCGGCUCAACGGGACCCCGACUGCGCUCUACUUCUCGAGCUCCCCGCCGUCGUUCUGUGCCGCGGGCCGCACUCCGGACCUUCAGGCCGUUCUCGGCGUCAUCAACUCGGCUCGAAGCUUCAUCGACGUGGCGGUGAUGAGUUACCUGCCCGCAUCCGAGUUCCAGCGCCAUAACAGGUUCUGGCCGCCCAUUGAUGACGCGUUACGCCGGGCCGUGUUCGAGCGCGGGGUGCGGCUGAAGCUGCUGCUGGGCUGCUGGGCUCAUUCCAAGGCCGCCAUGUUCCCCUUCAUCAAGUCAUUGGCCGCCAUUAGUGACAACAGGACCGGGUACAGCGCGCAGGUGGUGAGUGUGAGCUGCCAAAUAGUGAGCCAUAGAGGGAACAAGGGGGGGUGCCAAAUAGUGAGCCAUAGAGAGACGUGGGGAUGGGCUGCCAAAUAGUGAGCCAAUGGAGGG